UAAUCAUUUCAGCCCACCUAGAAAGUCAUAACCUUCCUCGUUUCAAGCCCAUUAAUCAUUCUCCAGUGUCAGUCUUCCUCAUUGUCACAGUGAGCUGCGUUCUCUCCAAUUCGGCGGCAGUUGACGAGAAACCGUAGGAAGUAAAUCAAUGGCUGGCCAAGCUGCAAAGUCAGUGGCAAAGGCAAUUGGGGAGUACCAGUACCCAUGGCGCGAGAAGUUGGUAAAAUACCAGUCUGAGCUAUCCAAGGGUGUAUGGGGUUACUGGCAUCUAGGAGCCUGGAAGCCAUCUGGAAUUAGUGGUCGUCAACGAGCUAGACUUCGAAAGGAAGUCCUCCUUGCAGGACAGGAUUGGCCAUAUGAUCCAGAGAGGAAAGAGAUGAGGACCAAGAGGAAAGGGCACAAAGUUGACAGGAUAGCUGCCGAGAAGCGGGAAAACACUGCCAGGUUGAUGGAGAAGAUGCCCGAUAUGUUGCUUCAGUACAAGAAGCGCAGAUGGGAGAAGAAGAUGAAGGAAGAAGACAAGGGCAAGCCCUGAUCUCAUGUCUAUUGCUGCUUUCUGUUGAAGUCCAUGUUUGCAAUAACUACUCCCAAGAUAUGUUCGAAUCAUCAGAGGAAAUAUUGAUCAGAAGACAUAUCGAACAUGUACACCUUUGUUGCCGUUAAUUUAAGCUUAAACGGUUAAACCCCCUAGUUGUGUCCAUGCGAGCAUUCAAAUUUCAAUCAGUGUCGACUUUUGCGAAUCUGGAACAACCUUGCUCACUGAGAAGUCUAUUUUUCACUAUAUGAACAAUGUUGUAUGUGUGAGUUGCCUGAUUUGAAGUUCGCCUUACGUACUUGAAGGAUGCCUGAUUUUUAAGCAGUUCAUAGGAAUCUUUUUUGUGCUC